AUGGGCGGUCCUGGAGUUGGAUUCGAAUACCCUCCCACGGAGGUGUCAUGGCUGAAGCGCGAUGUGCUCCUAUUCGCCAACUCGAUUGGCUGCACUGCCGAUGAGCUUCAGUUUCUCUAUGAGCUACACCCCAACUUCACAGUCUUCCCAACCUACCCCGUUGUUCUCCCAUUCAAGACCAAUUCCCAGGAAGUGAUUGACUUCUACGCCGCCGAGAAAGCCGUCGCUAUCCCGGACGUCCCCUCCUUUGACGCGACCCGCGUGGUCGACGGUCAGCGCCAGAUCCAAUUCCUCAAGCCCCUCCCGCCGACCUCGGAGGGCAAGAAGUUCGAGGUCCGCACAAGGGUGUUGGGCGUCUACGACAAGGGCCGCCCCGGCACCGUCGUCGACACCCAGACGGACCUCGUCGACGCCGGCACCGGCGAAGUUUACACGCGGGCCUUCGGCUCGAGCUUCUACGUCGCGCAGGGCAACUGGGGCGGGCCAAAGGGCCCCGCGACCGUGGCCUUCCCGCCGCCAAAGGACAAGAAGCCCGACCUGGUCCUCGAGGACCAGACCUCCAAGGAGACGUCGCUUCUGUACCGGCUCAAUGGCGACUAUAACCCCCUGCACGCGACGCCCGAGCCGGGCAAGAAGAUGGGCUUCGGCGGGGACAUUGUGCACGGGCUGUACUCGUUCAACUCGACGGCGCACCUGCUGCUGAAGCACCUGGGUGGUGGCGAUCCGGCCAAUAUCAGGGAGUACCAGGCGCGGUUCGCCAGCCCGGUGCACCCUGGGGACAAGCUAGUCACGUCGGCGUGGAGGACGGGCGAGAUCAAGGACGGCUGGGAGGAUGUCCGUUUCGAGACCAAGAUCGAGGGCGGGAAGGUCUGCCUGACCAAUGGGAGGGCAUUGAUGAACGUGGGAGAGCGGCUCUCGUAUGACGGGGCGCUUUGCACUGUGCGCUAUGUCGGUGAGGUUGAGGGAGCGAAUGGCUCGUGGUUGGGUGUGGAAUGGGACGAUCCGUCCCGAGGAAAGCAUGAUGGACAGCACAAGGGGGUCCGAUAUUUCCACUGCAAGACACGUUCGCUCACGGCGGCGUCCUUCGUCCGCCCGACUCGGCCCGUCGAGCAGCCGCUCGACUUUCUCGCGGCCCUACAGGAGAAGUAUGCUUCCGAGGUGACGCGGAGCCGUGAUCCCGUCGCGUCCGGGAAGAAGAUCAUCAUCUCCGGCAAAGUUGCAGAGGAGGUUGGCUUCGACAAGAUCCGCCGCAAACUGGCCCAGCUCAACGAGCUGAAGAUUGUCAUCCUCGAUGGCAUGCGAGUCGCAUCAGCCUAUGCCCCGGCGCCUUCGCCUUCCGGGGAGCAGGGCGAUGGCCAUCGAAGGAUCAAGGAAGUCUGUCCCAAGGUUAUCGACUUGGACUUGAGCCGCAAUCUCUUCACAAGAUUCGGGCCUGUCGUUGAGAUCUGCUCUGAGCUUGUUGAGCUAAGGAGCCUGAGAAUCAACGGUAACCGAUUCAUCACGAUCCCGGAUGACGACUUCCAGGGCGCUGGAAUGGCGUUCAAGGGCGUCAAGGAACUCUCAGUGGAAGAGACACUCCUGGGCUGGGACAACAUAUGCCGCAUUGCAUCCAAGUUCUCAACUAUUCACGUCCUCUUGGCUGGCAGCAAUCAGCUGUCAUCACUCUCUCCAAUACCCCCAUCGUUCGGGCUGACAUCAACUCUUACGUCCGUGAACCUCGAGUUCAACGACUUUACUUUUUUAUCCGAUGUCGAGGAUUUGACAGCCAUAACAUCACUACGAAACCUCCAUCUCAAGGGCAACAACAUAUCCACCGUUAUGAACCCUUCCCGACCCGACACCCAACCACCCGUCUUCACCACCAACCUUCAGUACCUCGACCUUUCCUAUAACCGGGUAUCAACCUGGUCCUUCAUCGAUACCCUCCCCACCUCAUUCCCAGGCCUAACCUCCCUCCGCUUCGCCCACAACCCCAUCUACGAUAACCCAGAGCUAGACACCCCCUCCCCCACCGACGCAGCAGCCUACCCAGCCUCACAACCAGGCACCGCCGCGGCGCCCUCGACCGACGAGUCCUACAUGCUAACAGUAGCCCGCCUCCCGGGCCUCCGGGCCCUCAACUUCAGCGCCGUCGCCCCCGCCGACCGCACCAACGCCGAGAUGUUCUACCUCUCGCGCAUCGCGCGCCAGUUGUCGUCGGCCCCGCCCGCCGACGAGCCCGCCGUGCUGGCCCGCCACCGCCGCUGGGCGGACCUGUGCGCCGCCCACGGCGAGCCCGCCGUCGCCCGCCGCACCGAGCUCGACCCCAACCUGCUGGAGGCGCGGCUCGUGUCGGUGGCGUUCCGGCUUGGAAGUGGGGGGGAGGAGGAGGAGGAAGAGGGGGAGAAGGAGAGGUUUGCGGGUAUACCCAAGUCGUUUGAUGUGUAUGCCGUCAAGGGUAUUGCGGGAAGGUUGUUUGGCCUGUCGCCGCUGCGGUUGCGGUUGGUCUGGGAGACAGGGGAGUGGGACCCUGUUGCUGGGUUUGAUGAGGAGGCUGGCGAUAGCAGUGACGAGGAGGAGCUUGAGGCGGAGAGGGAGAAGAGAGAGGAGGGGGAGACGAGGGCGGAGGCAGGGGCGGAGACGGAGGCGGAGUCUGUUCGGAAAGCUGGCAGGUGGGUAAAGAGGGAGGUUGAGUUGAAAGACGGGCCGAGGCAGUUUGGGUAUUGUGUUGACGGGCUUGAAGCUAAAAUCAGGGUCGAGGUGAGGUGA